AUGGUGGCUGAGACAGACUCGGCCAAGGGCCAAAGAAUAGCCCCAGAGAAACUCCUACCAUUCUCCGACGACUUUACCAGCACGGAAGAAUACGUUGACUCUCUUCUCAACUUUGUCAGAACGGACGAGCUCCUCAGGACACUAUGCGGCGGCGUACAUAUCCUCGAUUUCUUCACGAGUGAGCCAAGCCUAUAUUCCAAGAUUCUUUCUCAGGACUGGAGGGACUUUUUCUCUGGCCACGAAGUCAUGGAUCUGCUGGAUCUCUUCAUGCGGGAUGACCUCGACGAUACCACGACGAACCAGUCUGAUGAUGGACCAUCUUGGGAAGGUGGGACUCCUCCACCUCCGACUCUAUUGGACUAUCUGCGAACAGUGAGGAGGCAUCUUCUGAUCAGAACGCCUGGAGGAUCGCAAUGCUCUCGCAAUAGAGCUAUGAAGCCGACCCAGAAGCUGGCUAGGCAUGUUUCAGUUGGCAUGAAUGUUAAGAAGGUCCACGAAGUAGGCUUGUUCGCUUCCUAUCUCAACAGACUCACCACCGACUUUGCUGCAACCCAAGGACAAGACAUUUCGCAUUUGGUGGACUUUGGCUCGGGACAGAACUAUCUCGGGCGCGCACUCGCCAGCGAGCCGUACAAUAAGAAUAUCGUUGCCAUUGAAAGCAAGCAGGCAAAUGCUGAGCGAGCGAGAGAGUUCGAUGUCAUGGCCAAGUUGGCUGUGAAAGACAAGCUGAUGAGGAACAAGAAAGCAUUUCGACAGGGAAUGGAGGGACCCGAUACAGGAGUCACACCAAAGCCCGUUGUACCUGUCAAUUUGCCUACACCACCAGAGUCGAGUGCCGACGACGAGUCUACCGACGGCACCAAGGAAGCUCCCGAAGUCGAGACCCCUACCACAGGUACUGGCAAGAUCCAAUACGUCGAUCACCGCAUUCAAGAUGGUCAUCUAUCAGAUGUUAUCGAACGAAUCCCGGGCUCUUCAGGAAAUAAGAACUUGAUGGUAAUGUCUUUGCACUCGUGUGGAAAUCUCGUUCACCAUGGACUACGAUCCCUCAUCCUGAACGAAGACGUCAAGGCUGUGGCAAUGGUUGGCUGCUGUUACAAUCUCGUCACAGAGCGCCUCGGCCCAGCCACGUACAAACUUCCAGAGCUUCGACCAACAACACGCACACAUCCUCGACUGAAGAAGACCAGUGAAGCCUGCGACCCCAACGGCUUUCCCAUGUCUGCAAGACUCUGCAACUAUUACAACGACAGCGAUCCCGCCGGCCCCGACAAAGGCGUCCGACUCAAUAUCACAUCUCGCAUGAUGGCCGUGCAAGCGCCGUCAAAUUGGGGGCCAGAAGACAGCGAGAGCUUCUUCACGCGGCACUUCUACCGCGCCCUGCUACAGCGAAUCUUCCUUGACCGUGGCGUUGUUGGCCCUCCUCCCCCUGACUGUGUGGGCGGCAAGAGUCCUGCCGGUCAUACCAGUGGAGGAACCCCGAUCGUCAUUGGCAGUCUGAGAAAAGACUGCUACGAGAACUUCGUGUCGUAUGUCCGGGGUGCUAUGGCGAAGCUGCUCGUCGAUCCUGACAAGGGCGAUCUCUUCACCGAGAAGAUGGGUGACAUCACUGACGAGGAGAUAAACCGGUACUAUGAAGAAUACAAGUCACGGAAGAAAGAAUUAAGCGUGAUCUGGAGCUUGAUGGCUUUCUCCGCUGGUGUGAUCGAGGCAACCAUCGUCGUCGACCGAUGGCUUUGGUUGAAAGAGCAAGACGAAGUGCAAGAAGCGUGGGUAGAACCUGUCUUCGACUACAAGCUCAGCCCAAGAAAUUUGGUUGUGGUCGGACUGAAGAAAUGA